UCCCCCUCCCCCUCCCCCCUUUCUUGCCCUUCCCUUUGCGCAUACACACACACACACAGCCCCGCUCUCCCUCCCUCCCUCUCCCCCCCUCUCUCUCCCCUUCCUUCCACUCCCGCCACCGGCCAUUGUUCCUGUGCGACGGCGCUUCAUCUCCGGAGAGAGAAAGAGACAGCGCGGACGUCCCUCAAGAUGAUGGCCAGUCGCCCGAAGGUGAAUGACAUCAUCUCGCGGCUUCUGGCGGACCUUCGAUCGAAGUCCGAUGACACCAGAGCCCGAGCGGCCCGCGAGUUCCGCAACCAUAUUUUCACCGUCUCGCGCGAGCUCUCCGGCGACACCUUCGCCCGCUUCAUCAACGAUGUCAACCGAAUCAUCUUCGACCUCAUCAACAGCCCCGAGACCCACGAGAAACUUGGUGGCAUCAUGCUCAUUGACGAGCUGAUCGACAUCGAUGGCGAGGACAACACUUCGAAGAUCACUCGGUUCUCGAACUUCCUGCGCACGGUCCUGCCCGGGACGGAUCCCGCGGUGGCGGCAGCCGCAUCGCGGGCCCUUGGCCGCCUGGCCCUGUCGGGCGGCGCCCUGACCGCGGAUUUUGUGGAGUUCGAAGUCAAGCGAGCCCUCGAAUGGCUCGACAGCGAGAACUCCUCCUCGAGUCAGGCACACUCCGGCGGGUCCAGCGCCAGCGGGGCCAAUAAGACCGUCGGUGAGAUGCGGCGCUACGCCGCGACGCUGGUUCUCUGCGAACUGGCCCAGAAUGCCCCCACGCUCUUCUACACCAACGUGUCGACCUUCUUCGAGGUGGUCUGGGUGGCCUUGAGGGACCCGAAGGUCGCCAUCCGUGAGGCCGCGGCCGAGGCCGUGCGCGCUUGCCUCGGCAUCAUCCAGCAGCGUGAGAACACCCUCCGGCUGCCCUGGUAUCAGCGCCUGUAUGACGAGGCCUUGAAUGUCCUGCAGCCGGGCCACGCAGCCACUGGUGGUCCGACGGCCCUGCUGACGAACACCGGCCAUGCGGGCGGCCCUGGCGGCUCGGGCGCCGCACAUCCGCCCUCCUCGCCGGAGGCUGUCCAUGGCGCCCUGCUGGCCAUUCGGGAGCUCCUCACUCGGACCGGAUCUCAGUUUAUGAAGCAAGCGGGCCGGUAUGAGACCAUCUGCAUGCUGCUGGCCAACCGGUACAAGGACCACCCGGAUCCCCUGGUUCGCCGGACGGUCAUCAGCCUGAUCCCCACCCUGGCGGCCUUCCAGCCAGAUGUCUUUGCUGAAAACUACCUCAACACCUUCCGGCUGCACUUGGUGCUGAUCCUGCGCCGCGAGAAGGAUUGCGCACCGGCUUUCCUGGCCAUUGGUCAACUGGCCCUGGUGAUGGGGUCUUACAUGAACUCCUUCCUGGACGAGAUUUUCGCUUUGAUCUUCGAGAAUCUCUUCCCAGCUAGUCCGGCCAAGGGUGCGCUUCGUGUGGACUCGUACAUCUUCGAGAGUAUUUCCAUGCUGGCGCGUGCCCUGGGGCCGGCCAUCACCCGGCACAUUCACCCGAACCUUCUGGCCCAUCUCUUCGCCACUGGCCUGUCCGAGCCGCUGGUUACAACGCUGGCCGAUUUGGCCGCACACAUCCCGCCACUGCUGCUCAUCAUUCAGGAAAACCUCCUCGACAUGCUGUCUAUGACCCUUAGUCGGCAGCCAUACCGGCAUCCCGGUGCCCGGGACACGACCGAUCCGAUGGGUCUGGUAUUGGGCUCCGGGGUGCUGGGAUCUGCCCAGGCGGCGGUCCAGCUCCCCGGGGCCAUGUACUCGGCCACGGAUCAGCACUUGGUGUCGUCGACGGCCACGGCAGCGGCGGCGGCGGCCGCCUCGGCAAGCUGGUCCUCCGGACCGUCCAUGCGCCUGCUUCAAUUGUCGGCUGUGGCCGCGGCCCCAGGAGGGCCGUCUCCCCUGGCGGCCGGGCACCUGCAGCAGCCCGGGGUCCUGGCCGAUCGGCUGGCCGGCAACGGGUCCCUGGCCGGGCUGACCCCCGAGGGGGUGGUCGAUGCCGAGGCCCGGCAGCACAUCCUGGCCUUGCGGUCGCUGGCGCGCUUCAACUUCCGCGGGCAUGAUUUGAAUGUCUUUGUCCUGGAGCGUGUGAUUCCCUUCCUGGAGGACCCGCACCCGGAUGUGCGCGAGGCCGCGGCCCAGGCAGCCUGCGCACUGCUUCUGAAGGAGCCCAUGCCCAGCGGCACGUACAGCCUGACGGCGGUCAGUGUGGCUGGCGCGGUGCUGGAGCGCCUGCUGGCAGCCGGUGUCACGGAUCCGGAGCCCCUCAUCCGAUACACGGUGGUGGCAUCGCUGGACCCGCGGCUGGAUUCGCACCUGGCCCAGCGCGAGCACAUUCGCGUCCUGAUGCUGGCCCUGCAUGAUGAGCUCUUCGCGGUGCGCGAGGCGGCCACCCUGGUUCUCGGGCGUCUGGCUCAUCACAACCCGGCGCAGGUGCUGCCCUCCUUGCGGAAGGCCCUCCUCCGACUGCUGGCCGAGCUGGAAUGCAGCACGGUGGCCAACAGCCGCGAGGAGAGUGCGGUCCUGCUGGCCCGGCUGAUGGCCUCGGCCCAGCGCCUGGUCCGACCCUAUGCCGAUCCCAUCCUGAAGGUGGUGAUGGAACGCCUGCGGGACCCGGUGGCCGGGGUGGCCGCCCGGGCGAUGAAUGCCCUGGGCGAAUUGGCCACCGUCGCCGGGGAAACCAUGCGCCCAUACAUCCCGGUGCUGUUGCCGCUCAUGAUCGACACCCUGCAGGACCAGUCGUCCUCGGCCAAGCGCGAGGCGGCCCUGGUGGCUCUGGGCAAGCUGAUCUCCGCCACGGGCUAUGUGAUUGAGCCGUAUUUGGAGCACCCGCAGCUGCUCGGCACCCUGCUGGGCUUCCUCAAGACCACGGAACAGCGCCCGGUGGUCCGGCGCGAGGCCAUGAAGUCCCUCGGCAUCCUCGGUGCCCUGGACCCCUACCGGUAUAAGAUGUCCCAAUUGGAGGCCGCGGUGCUGGGCAAGGGCCUGGUCGGGAGCUCCGACCCGAAGACCACCAAUGAGAUGAUCCAGGAGCACCGACUCAACACCAUGUCCCCCUCUUCGGAGGAGUACUACCCGUCGGUGGUGAUCCAUGCGCUGAUGAAGAUCCUUCGCGAUCCGUCCCUGUGCAACCACCAUACGGUCAUCGUUCAGGCGGUCAUGUACAUCUUCAAGUCGCUGGGGCUCAAGUGUGUGUCCUUCCUGCCGCAGAUCAUGAAAACCUACAUCGGGGUCAUGCACUCGACCACGGCGGCCGGCAUGCUGGAGUUCCACUUCACCAAGCUGGCCCAGCUGGUGGGCGUGGUCCGGCAGCACAUUCGGAAUUACGUGCCGGACAUCAUUGCCCUGAUUCAGGCCAAUUGGGACGCCGGGCCGGCGGUCACCGGGCUCACCGGGGCCGGUGGUGCCCUGACCGCCGGGGCCGGCGGCUCGGGCGGGUCGCUGGCUGGCGGUGCGGGCGGCUCGCUGGCCGGCGGCCCGGGGGGUGCCCUCGUUGGGGGUGGCCUUGGUGCCGGGGCGGCCGGGGCGGCCGGCGGCGCCGGUGGCUCGGGUGGCUCGGGCACCGGUGGCCCGGGCGGCCCGGGCGGCUCCGGUGCACCGGGCGCCGGCGGCGGGCCCGGCACCGGGCCUGGCAGUGUGGCCCUGCAAUUGACCAUCAUCUCCCUCAUCCGGGCCAUCGCCAGUGCGCUGGCCGGCGAGUUCAAGGUCUACCUGCCGGACUUGCUGCCGCAGCUGCUGCAGGUCUUCGAGUCCGACGAUUCGGAGAAGCGCCAGCCGACGCUCGAUGUGCUGACCACCCUGCGGGACUUCGGGGCCACGCUCGAGGAGUACUUGCACUUGGUGGUGCCGGCUGUGAUUCGUGUGGCCGAGGCCGGUGGCACUGGGCUGUACCAUACCCAGGCCAGUGCGCUGUAUUCGGUGGCGGUGGCCGGCGGGUCGGCCGGUGCCGCGGCCGCCGCGGCUGCCGGUACCGGUGGCCCGCAUCACCAGCUGUUGCUCGGUGGGCGGAAGUCCCCCUCGGCGGUGGCCACGCUGAAUGUGCGCCGCUCGGCCCUGGUGGUCCUCUGCUGCCUGGCCCGGUGCAUGUCAUUGCAGGAUUAUGCGUCGCAUUUGGCCCUGCCCCUGUCGCGCAUCCUGGCCACCGGCCCGAUCGAGCUUCGCGCCCCUUGCCUGGAUCUCCUGACGGCUCUGGGCGUGCAAAUGGGCCCGGACUUUGUGAUUUUCGUGCCGCUGGUCAGCCGGGCGCUGCAUGUGCCGCGCAGUGGUCCGGGUGGGCAGCUCGGUCCGGCUGCCUCCUCGGCCGCGGCCGCGGCCGCAGCAGCAGCCGCCGCCGCCGCGGCCGCCUCCUCCUCGAAUGCUGCUGCUGCCGCGGCCGCGGCCGCGGCGGCUGCCGCCGCCGCCGCUGCUGGAGCCAAUCUCCCGGGAGCCGCGGCGCGCGCGCGCUACGACGCCCUCGUGGCGGCGAUCCUCCAAGCGGAUGCCGGCAUCCGGUGGGUGAGCUCCGACCUGGCAGCCACCCUGCUGGAUGUGUCCAAGGAUCCGGACCUGCGGGAUCUUUACAUGCUCUGCUCGGAGGAUGGAGCCGGGCUCGGGGACGCCGGGGUCGGCGGAUCCGGAGCCGGUGGCGCCCCGGAUGCCCUGGCCCCGGUGCGCAAGCUCCCCGUCAACCAGGCCAAGCUCAAGAAGGCCUGGGAGACUUCGCAGCGGUCCACGCGCGAGGAUUGGAUCGAAUGGAUGCGGCGCUUUUCGGUGGAGCUGCUGAAGGAAUCGCCCUCGCACGCGCUGCGCGCUUGCGCCUCGGUGGCCGUGGUCUACCACCCCCUGGCGCGGGAGCUCUUCCACGCGGCCUUCGUCAGCUGCUGGGGCGAACUGUAUGACCAAUUCCAGGAUGAGCUGGUCAAGAGUCUGGAGCUGGUGCUCUCGGGCAAUGGUGUUCCUCCGGAGAUCGUCGGCUCGAUCCUCAGUCUGGCCGAGUUCAUGGAGCACGAUUACAAGCCGCUGCCGAUUCCCGACCGGUCGCUGGCCAUGUACAGCAACCAGUGCCAGUCGUAUGCCAAGGCCCUGCACUACAUGGAAUUGGAGUUCCACAACAGCGAGCCCACCGCGCCGACCAGCAUCGAAACUCUCAUCUCCCUCAGCAACCAGCUCCAGCAGCCGGAUGCGGCGGUGGGCAUCCUCAAGUGGGCCCAGACGCAUCAUGGGCUGGAGCUCAAGGAGAGCUGGUAUGAGAAGCUCCACCGGUGGGAUGACGCGCUACGGGCACAUGAGGCGCGCCUGCGCGAAGACCCCUCGGCCAUUGAGCACAUCCUCGGUCGCAUGCGUGCCUUGCAGGCUCUCGGUGAUUGGGAGCGCCUGUCGGCCGCGGCCCAGGAGGUCUGGCGGAGUCGGACGCGCUCCGGCGGCGGCCCGGAGGCCGCUGCCUCCCUGGAGGCCCUCCGGCGAGCGGUGGCUCCCCAUGGUGCCGCGGCCGCGUGGGGCCUGCUCCAGUGGGAUCUGAUGGACGAUUACAUCAGCUACAUGCGGGAGGAUUCGCCGGAUGGCGCCUUCUUCCGGGCGGUGGUGGCCUUGCAUCGGGCGCAGUAUGGCCAUGCGCAGCUGCACAUCGACCGGACUCGCGACCUGCUGGAUGGCGAGCUGGCUGCCCUGGCCGGGGAGUCCUAUGCCCGGGCGUAUGAUUCCUAUGCCCGGGCGUAUGAUGUGGUCGUUCGAGCCCAGAUGCUGGCCGAGUUGGAGGAAAUCGUGGUCUACAAGCGGGCCACCGGCACCCCGGACGAGGAGGCCGUCCACCGAAGCAUUCGCAGCACCUGGGAGCGCCGACUCCAGGGUGCCCAGCGGAAUGUGGAAGUUUGGCAGCGCAUUCUCAAGGUCCGGGCCUUGGUCAUUGCUCCGUCCGAUGCGCCGGACAUGUGGAUUCGAUUUGCCAAUCUGUGCCGCAAGUCCGGGCGCAUGCCCCUCGCGCGCAAGACCCUCAAGAUGCUUUACGGCCCGCGGGACUGGGACCUGGUCAACAGCCGGACGGUGCACAUCAAUCGCCCACGGCUGACCUACUGCUAUCUGAAGUACCUUUGGGCGUCGGGCAAUCGAGUGGCCGCCUUCCAAGGGCUGGAGGCCUUUGUCCGGACCCUGGCCCCGAUGGUGGCCCAGGAGGCCGGGGGUGCCGGAGCCGUGGCCCUGGCAUCGGCCUCCGCUCCCGGGGGGGCUUCUCUGCAGGAGCUCCUGGCCCGGUGCUACUUGAAGCUGGGUGACUGGCUGCAGCAGCUGCAUCCGGACUUGACGGAUACAACCAUCAAGCAAAUGCUUGGCUCGUAUGCGGCGGCCACACGCCAUGGUCCGACCUGGCACAAGGCCUGGCGCGCAUGGGCGUUGGCCAACUUCGAGUCCGUGGCCUCUGGGCUUUCUCGGCGGGCCGGAGCCCCGGCCGCCGGGGGCCCGACGCAUGCGGUCCUCCUGACGGAUCACGUUGUGCCGGCCAUCCAGGGCUUCGUCCGAAGUGUGUCCCUCUCACCGCGGGGAAGUUCCCUGCAGGACACCCUCCGGCUGCUGACUCUGUGGUUCAAGUAUGGCCCGUAUCAGGAGGUGCACACGGCCAUCAGCGAGGGCAUCGGCCUGGUGUCGAUGGACACCUGGCUGCAAGUGGUGCCGCAGCUGAUCGCGCGUAUCCAUGCCCCGGCGCUGUCGGUCCGGCGGUUGAUCCACCGGCUGCUGGCCGACGUCGGCAAGGAGCACCCCCAGGCCUUGAUCUACCCGCUGACCGUGGCGGCCAAGUCCCAGAGUGUCACCCGACGCGGGGCGGCGCAGGCCAUCCUGGACCGACUGCGGGCGCAUGGUGCUGCCCUGGUGGACCAGGCGCAGAUGGUUUCGCAGGAGCUCAUCCGCGUGGCCAUCCUCUGGCAGGAGAUGUGGUAUGAGGGCCUGGAGGAGGCGUCGCGCGUGUUCUUCGGGGACAACGACGCCGAGGCCAUGUACACCAUCCUGGCACCGCUGCACCGGCUGCUGGAGCGCGGUCCGGAAACCCUGCGCGAGGUGUCCUUCGCCCAGGCCUUCGGCCGGGAUUUGGCCCAGGCUCUGCGCCUGUUCCAGUCCUUCCGGCGGACGCACUUCGCCAAGGAAAUCGAGCAGGCCUGGGAUCUGUACUUGUCGGUCUUCCGUCGGAUCAGCAAGCAACUGCCGCAGCUGACCCAGUUGGACUUCCACUAUGUGUCGCCGCGGCUGCUUCAUGCUCGGGACUUGGAGCUGGCCGUGCCGGGAACAUACCAUCCCGGAACGCCGGUGGUCCGAAUUGCGAGCUUCGUUCCGACGCUGACGGUUAUCAUGUCCAAGCAGCGCCCUCGGCGCCUGACCAUCCAGGGAUCCGACGGUGCGGACUACCAGUACCUGCUUAAGGGCCAUGAGGAUCUGCGUCAGGAUGAGCGUGUCAUGCAGCUCUUCGGCCUGGUGAACACCCUGCUGGCGGCAGAUUUGGAAACCUUCACCCGGCAGCUGAACAUCCAGCGCUAUGCGGCCAUUCCGCUGUCGCCGAACUCCGGCCUCAUUGGCUGGGUGCCCAACACCGACACUCUUCACACUCUGAUCCGGGACUUCCGUGAGUGGCGGAAGAUCGCCCUGAACCAUGAGCAUCGGCUGAUGCUGAACAUGGCCAACAACUACGACAACCUGAGCCUCAUUCAGAAGGUCGAGGUGUUCAGCUUUGCCCUGGAAAACACCACCGGCAAGGAUCUCAACCGGAUUCUCUGGCUCACCAGUCGCAAUAGCGAGUCCUGGCUCGAUCGGCGGACGCAUUACACCCGGUCCCUGGCCACCAUGUCCAUGGUGGGCUACAUCCUGGGCCUGGGUGACCGGCACCCAAGCAACCUCAUGGUGGACCAGUUCACUGGCCGGGUGAUUCACAUCGACUUCGGUGACUGCUUCGAGGUGGCCAUGCACCGGGACAAGUUCCCCGAGCGCAUUCCCUUCCGGCUGACCCGCAUGCUGGUCAAUGCCAUGGAGGUCAGCGGCAUCGAGGGCACCUUCCGGACGACGUGCGAGAAUGUCAUGCGUGUCUUGCGCGAGCACAAGGAUUCCCUGAUGGCCGUCCUAGAGGCCUUCGUCUAUGACCCGCUGAUCAGCUGGCGCCUGCUCCAUCACCGCCGAGAGGGCGGUGCCGCCGGACCGCCGGGCCCCAACGGCCAGGCCGGCAGCCUGGAGGCACAUGAGGCCGACAAUGUGGCGGCCAGCCGCGCCCGCCGGCGCUCUGCUGCUCUGGUGGCCGACGGCGAUGACCGGCCGGGCUUCCGCCGGCGCGACUUCCAUGUCGACCUUCCGGAGGCUCGGAACCAGCGCGCCGUGGCCAUUGUGGCCCGUGUGCAGCACAAGCUCACCGGCCGGGACUUCGACCGGCAUGAGUGCCUUGAUGUCCCGGUUCAGGUGGAGCGCCUUAUCCGCCAGGCCACUGCCGUGGAGAACCUCUGCCAGUGCUACGUCGGUUGGUGUGCCUUCUGGUGA